AUAUACUCCUCCGACAAACCAUCCCUUUGCCCCUCUCACUCAAUCGCCUGUCUCCAAUCGCUCUGUCAUUUGCAUCCAAAAUCUUCCUCAAUCCAAAACGUCUUGUUUUGAACGUUUUCGAGCCUUGCCAGCGGCUUCUCAAACUCUUUUUCUAUCUUCCUGUAUUGUUCUUGUUUUUUGUGUAGCAAUGGAUUUCCACAGCCUUGCAAGGAAGGAACUCCAAGCUCUCUGCAAGAAGAACAAGAUCCCGGCUAACAUUACAAACGUCGCCAUGGCUGAUGCUCUCCAUGCCCUUCAGCAUGUCGAAGGGCUAGAAGAGAUCUUGAAUCCAUCCAAUUCCGUCCUCUCCAAAUCUACGGGGGAAGCUGUGAUCGGACUGCCAGACAUUCCUCGCACCGCUUGCAGAACCUCAACUCGCAGAAAACCCAUCAAAGAAGAAUCUGAAAUUUCACAGACCUUGACCCGAAGUCGUCGCGGUACAAAUGGAAGAAUACCCAAAGACAUCGAUCAAGAAAACAAUGACGCCAAUGCGCCUAUAACCCCUGCAGGGCCGAACAGCCGUAGAAGAGCACCAGCGGCUUCGGCUUGCAGAAACAUUGAGAAGCAGUUGAGGGAAGAUGACGAAAAUGAGAAGAUUGAGGCUCAAGGAAGGAAUGAUGUGCCCAAGACUCCAGCAAUUACAAGCAGCCGGAGAAGAGCCCCAAACGCUCCUGCUCACACGAAGUUGGAGACUCAAAAUGGGGAUACGUCGGUGCAGCGAGUGUAUAGUACACGGCGGUCGGUGAGAUUGUUGGAGCAGAAUAUGGAAAAGUUAAGCAUAAUGGAGAAUGGAAAGGAAGAACCUGCAAAGGCUGAUGACUUAUUUGAAGAGCCGAGUAAUACUUCGCAGAGACCAGAAGUUUCUGUCGAACUUGAAAAGAAUAUUUCUGUUAAUAAGCAGACUAGGUCAGAAGUGGAUUCAGAGAAAAAUGAUGACUCGGAAGUUUCUUCGGAUCCAAAAUCAAUUGGGUCACCAGAGACUGGGAGGGAAUCAGAAGUUGAUGUUAAAGAUAAGGACAAGAGUGAUGAUGAGUAUGAAGUAGAUGUUUUAAAGUCAAAACAGGAACUGGGUACUAGGAUAUCUGAUGAUCUGGGCGUUGUUGAAGCUUCCAACGCAAUAGAUGAAGCUCUUAAUGAAGGGUCUGAUGAGUCGUUUAAUAUUUCAAGUGAAAAGUUGGAGGCUGUAAUAGAUGUAAAUUUUGAAGCCGUCAAUGAGAAGGGACCUGCUGAUGUUCCAAUUACUGAGCAAGAUAUAGGAUCUAUAGGUUUUGAGGGCGUCAAAGUACCCAUGGAUGUUUCUGCAGAGGCUUUGAACCAUGUAAUUGCUUCUAAAUCUUUGCAACCAGAACACAAUAUUGAUCCCAAUUUAGUUCAAGAUGAAUGUCAGAACCUGACAUGUAAGGACUCUGACAUGCAUGUGGCAGAGGUUGAUGACAUUGGCAGUAGUGAUUCAGAAUUCACUACUGAAGGGAACUUUGAUGGGGACAUUGCCUCGGAUGAAAGUUCAACUGAUUGCGAAGAUAACAUCAGUGACGAAGAUGCAACAACAGUAGAAAAGGAUCCAGAGGCUUCAGUUCUUCCUGAAGACCAGGUGAUGGAUGGUUUUAGAAAGUUGGAGACCAAAACAGAAUUUCUUGUAGACGUCAAAAAGUCCAAGGAAGAAUCAGAUCAACUUGCUACCGAGUAUAAUUCUGCAGAUGGAUUAGACUGGGGUGGUGAUAUGACUAUUGACAAUGAUUCGCCUUCUGAAAGCUUUGUUGCUCAACAAUUGGAAAUGCAGGUUUCUAUUGAAUUUGCUGAAAAGGUAAGCCUGACUGGUGAAUACAUUAAGGCUCCCCGUCCCCCUGUUCAGAGUCCAGUGUCCAGCAUGGAAGUGUAUGAUUCGGAAACAUUGGUUGAUGUUCACAAGGACAGCUCCCUGCUCUGUUCGGCAACAAAGACAUCCAAGGAAGGGACCCCUUUCCAUACUGAUCAUCCAAUGUCAAAGGUCCAAGAAAGCAUUCAAUCUGAAACAAUGAAUGUCAAUAAGGAUGUCAUGCUAGAAACAAUGAGUUUAAGGAAGCUGAGGCAAAUGCUAAUUCAACAGAGUAAAGGCAAUAGUAAGGGUAAAAUUGUGACUAAGGAACAAUUAGGGAAGAAAAGAAUUGCCUUGCAGACAUUGCAAGAAAACUGUUUGGCUGUGGAAGAGUCUGACAAGAGAGAAUAUGAAGUACACUUGAGUCAAUGAUGGGAGGAGGUUUAAACCUUGGUUUGCCUCUUGCUUAUUAUUCCUUUUCUUAAUCAUCGAACAAGUAUCAGAAUUUUGAUGGGUUUGUUUUCGUUGCAGUCCAAUUAUUCAAGUUUGUAAUAAUGAUGACUCAACCCAAUGUUUUGUUGAUGGUGGGUUAUGGAAGUGAUCUAAGUUGCUUAUACUACCUAUCACAUUUUUGUCA